CUGUUGGGACUCGCUGUAACCCCAGUUGCCGCUUCGCUCUCUGAACGGUUGUUUAGCCUCGCUCCGCUUGUCCUCUCCGUUUCCCCGCGAUCCGAGCACCCCACCACCGGACCGAAGUCUUUAGCCCACUGACCAAGGGGACGUUACCGGCGCCAGAGCGGGAGAACAGCGAGACCGUCCCAUCAGCAGCAGAUGCCACCAGUGUGGGUUUGGGUGCCAAUCACCCUCCUCCUCUGGGACCCUGACCCUUCUGGAUGUGGAAGUGGGAAACUGGCUGCAGGAGCACCGCCCUGUGGAUCUCAUGCCUCCUGUGAUGACUGUAUCAGCGCCCACCCCAGCUGUUCCUGGUGUAAAUACAAGAGUUUUACAAAGCCUGGGGAGCCGGACUCGGUGCGCUGUGAUGGGAAGGAGAGCCUGCAAAUCCGGGGCUGCCCAGUGGACGAAAUCAUAAAUCCAAACAGCUCCCACGAGGUGCUGGAGAACCGGAAGCUCGGACAGCCCGUUCAGGGAGAGGGUCACGUACAACUGGCUCCCCAAAAAAUACGGAUCAAAAUCCGGCCAGGAUGGACUGAGCAUUUUGUGGUGAAGUUCCGGAGAGCUGAGAGGUAUCCUGUUGAUCUGUAUUACCUGAUGGACCUCUCCUACUCCAUGAAGGAUGAUCUGGAGUACAUCCGCAAUCUUGGCAGUAACUUGCUGUUCACUCUGACAAACAUUGCUGAUUCCGUUCGGAUUGGAUUUGGCUCGUUUGUGGACAAGACCACCCUGCCCUUCACCAGUCUGCUGCCUCACCGCCUCCGCAACCCCUGCCCCGACCGCAGUGAGCAGUGUCAGCCCCCCUUCAGCUUCCGAAACGUUCUGCCGCUGACCCAGGAGGAGGGCAGGUUUGAGGAAGAGGUGGGCAGGCAGCAGGUGUCUGGCAACCUCGAUACCCCUGAGGGGGGUCUGGAUGCCAUGAUGCAGGCGGUCGUAUGUGAAAAGGAGGUGGGCUGGAGGAACGUGACAAAGCUCCUGGUCUAUACGUCCGAUGCCACCUUCCAUUCCGCAGGCGAUGGGCGCCUUGGUGGGAUCUUCUUGCCCAACGACGCUCGCUGCCACCUCGAUGAGACAGGGCUGUACACCGACAGCAACCUCUACGACUACCCGUCGGUGGGGCAGCUCGUGCAGACUCUCUCAAAGCAUAAUGUACAGCCCAUCUUUGCCGUCACCCAGAACGUGGUGCCUGUGUACCAGAAUCUCAGUAAACUAAUCCCAAAGUCUGCAGUUGGGGAACUGAAAGCGGAUUCAAGCAACGUCUUACAGUUGAUCUCUGAGGCUUAUAAUAACCUUUCAUCCACAGUGAAGCUGGAGCAUUCAAAGCUGCCCGAAGGUAUCUCCCUCACCUUCCAAUCCCACUGUGGGGGCGGCAAACUCUUCCGAAAGGAUCCAGGGGAAUGUUUGGGGGUCCGCUUUAACCAGGAGGUUAAUUUCACGGUGGGCGUGACCGCGUCGCGCUGCCUCCCUGCUGGCACGCGCUUUGCGCUGCGUGUACUGGGCUUCACGGAAAAGUUGGAGGUCGCGGUGGAGACAGAGUGCACGUGUCACUGUGGAGAUGCAGAUGGCGGGGACGCACACUGCAGUCACGGCAAUGGGACGCUCAACUGCGGACAGUGCAGCUGCCUCCCAGGACGUGUGGGGAGGCUGUGUGAGUGCACACAGGAUGAAGAUCAGUUGGAAGACUUGCUGGCACCAUGCCGGAAGGGGAACGAGUCUGCAUUGUGCGAGGGGCGUGGACAAUGCGUGUGCGGGAAGUGUGUGUGCGACGGGAACCUGCGCGGGCAGUACUGCGAGUGCGACGACUCCUCCUGUAUCCGGAAAAACGGCCUGCUGUGCAGUGGCCAUGGCUCGUGCACCUGUGGGAAGUGCAACUGCGAUGCGGGCUAUGAAGGGGAGGCAUGCCACUGCCCGCAAUCAGAGGAAGAAUGCCGGGACAUGAAUGGCUCGAUCUGUGCAGGACACGGCGACUGCCGCUGCGGGCAAUGCAUCUGCCACGGGAGAUACAUAGGUCCGACCUGCAAUAAGUGUCCAAACUGCCAAACCCCAUGUCAGCGCCACAAGGACUGUGUUGAAUGUCAAGUCUUCGGGACAGGAUAUUUGGCAGACAAUUGUACAAUGAGCUGCCAAAAUGUGACGGUGUCUGUCGUGAAGCAGCUUCCAAAAUUGUCCCUGAGGUGCGUGGAGCGAUCGUCAGACGGCAGGCUUUUGGAGUAUGUGGUGCAGGAGACUGAGUCCGGCCAACUUGUGCUUUUCCGCGAUAUAGAGGCGGAGGCACCCGAACGGCUCGCGAUAGUCGGUGGGCUGAUGACAGGGAUUGUCCUGGUGGGUCUUCUCAUCUUGCUGGUGUGGAGGGGAGCAACAGAGCUGAGGGACCGCAAAGAGUAUCAACACUUUACGAAGGAGAAGGAGAGGGCCCAGUGGGACUCGCUGCAUAACCCUCUUUACAAAAGUGCCACCACCACAACCGUCAAUCCCCAGUUCCUGCCUGACUAAACGGGACUUCAGGAUCAUCGGACAAGCUGAAACUAAAUAGUCCGAGAACCCUCCCUAGAUGUCCCUGCGCCUGAAACUGGAAUUCUGGGUCUGGAUAGAACUGGAGCUAGAGCACAUCCGGGAUCAACCUUGGGACCAGAUCCCAAAUCUUAGAUCAAUUCUAGAACUGGAACUGAAUCCUGGAUCAAUCCUGGAACUGGAUUUCCAGACUUAAGGUUAAUCUUGGAACUGGAACCAGUUUGCGGAUCCUGGAUCAACCCAGGCAGAAUCCCAGAUACCAAUUGGAACUGGAAUGGGAAGUGUCAGGGCACAAAGGGGUGGGGAGUGUUUGGGGUACAGAGUAUCAAUGGGCGGCGGGGAGGGGAGGGUCAGAGGGAAAGAGGGGAGAAGAAUUCAGAGUUCAAAGUGAGUUUAUUAUCAGUGUAUGUCACCACAUAGUACGUGGAGAUUCAUUUGCUUGCAGGCAUUCACAGGAAAAUAAAGAAAUACAGUAAGACUUUAUGAAAAAACUGCAUAAUGAUUGAUAAUAAAUGUGCAAAUAAACAAAUGAAAAAUGUUAAUUAAAUAAUA